AUGUAUAAUAAUCUACCAUUUUGUCCAACACAUAGCUAUUAAAUCCUAAAUUUACUAGAAUUAAGGAAAGAAGAUGCAAGAUUAAUUUGUGGCAGUUGUCUUCUAAAUCUAAUUAAAACAAAAUAAUAAUUUGAUGCUAAUAAAAUUGUAGAUCUUGUUUAAGUUAAACUAUCAUUGUUAUUUAGAUAAAUGAUCAUCCAGAAAAAGCCUUUUAAUUUACAGAUAUUAAAGAUAAAACAAAUUUAGUUAAAUUCUUAAACGAUUAAAAAGAACAAAUGGAAGUAAUAAAAUAAGAAAUUGAUAACUUAUUAAUUUAAUUAGAAUAGUGGCUAUCAGAAUUAUUGUAAGAAUAGAAAACUAAUUGUUAUAAGGUAUUUAAAUAUAAUAAGAUAAGAUAAUCAAAUUAGAUGAAUUUAAAUCAAACUUUUAAUUACUUGUAAAUCAAGAUAAUAGUUUUAAGAUUGAGAUCAUCUAAUAAAUUUAAAAUAAAUUUUACAAUUAUUUUUAAUCUAUAAAGGUUAUGAAUUAAGUGGCUAAAUAAGAAGAUUUACAAAAUUUAGAACUACUAAAUGAUAAGGUAUCUAAAAAGUAUUUUAUGUGUUUAUUCUAGAGUUUGUAAAAGUGAGAAAUUUGAAGAUAUAUUUAAAUUAAUAAAUAAGGUGGAACUAGAUUAUGUUUAAUUUUUAAAUCCUUUUUGGAUGUUAUUAAUGAAUACUAUUGAAAACAAUGUUAAAAGGCAAGUAAUAUAAAAAAAACCAAUAUAUCGAAGCUUAGAAAAUGAAUUAACAUUUGAAGCAAUUAGGAAGGUGAUAAUUGGAAAGGAAAAUUUACUUUGGUUUUUUAAAUCUUCUAAUAAUACUGAAUUUGGUGUAUUUACUCCAUAUAAUUGGUAUGAAGGUGGGUAUUCUGGAACUACUGAAAACAAUCCUUCUUUUUUAUUUUCGAAGAAUUAAAAUUAAAUUUAUCCAAUUAUAUAAAAUAUGGGAAAGUAUACAUAAUAUUUUAAUCAUCAACAUAUAUUAUUUGGAGGUGCGGAUAGUGGUGAUUAAGAUUUAAGAAUAAAUCCUGAUUUUAAAUCAGGAUAUUCUAGAUUAGGAGUUGGAUAUAAAGCCCCUGCAGGUGUUGACACUUCAAAAUAUUCAACACAUCUAUUAGGUGCUAUGGAACCAAAUGUUGUUGAAUGUGAGAUUUAUUAAAUAAUUUAUGAAUGAG